GUCCGCAGGAGUCAAUGCCAGGCCCUCGGAUGGCAUCCAUCGACGGCAUUCUCACCAUUUCAAGUCGCACUUGAGCCCGACGAACCUCUCGCCAGCGCAAAAGGCACAGCUUCUGAGACAGCAUUAUUUCCGAUCGCAAACCCAGUUCUUGUCUGCUCUCGAAGGCAUCUCCAACCGGCUGGUCGCCGUCCCGAAACCCGCCCGCAUGAGCGCUCUGCGAGCCGAGCUGGCCCUGAUUGGCAGAGAUUUGCCUGCCGAAAUCGACAUUCCCAUCAUUUGCCCGCCGACGCUGAUUGACGGGGCGCCGGGCAAAAGCCGCCAUCAUCGAGUCGUACGACUGAACCCUGCCGAGGCCACGGUUCUGAACAGCGCCGAGAAGGUGCCGUAUCUACUAAUGAUCGAGGUGCUGAGAGACGACUUUACGUUUGACCCCGAGAGCCCGGACAACCAGCGGCUUUUGACCACUCUCCUCGGCGGCAGCGGGCCCAGCAAAAGACUGUUUGACCUCUCUUCGGAGAUUCCCAGGGCUGCCCAGACCGUUCCGCCUCCCGAGCCCCUCGUCGACAGCGUGUUCGAGCCAACCUCGGGUGAUUUGGGCAGCUCGCCGCUGCUCAAGGCCUUUGAAGAAGAGGCGCCGUCCGUCGGCUAUCACUCGAAGCACUCUCCCGACCAGCGAUUCUCUAGCGGAGCAACGACUGCGUCUACGACGCUGGAUGCCAUGACACCGCGCACGUCGGGGCCCUACUCCUCUCGAUCGCCCAGUCCCGGCUCUCGACGGCGCAUGACGCUCAACAUGGCUCGCGCCGACCAGCCUGACUUUUCGGCGCUGGCCACACACAUGAGGACAGCCUCUCAGAUGCUCGCCCAGCUUGAGGCUACGAGCGGCAAGCGGCCCAAGCACGAGGUGGCUGCGAUCCGAGCCAAAAUCAUUGCGAGCAUGCAGAGCCUCGAGGAGCAGAGCUUCGACGCCGACGAGCAAGGCCCCACGUUUGACACCAUCAUGGCCAAGGCCAGCACGGCCAGCGCUAUACAGGGCGUCGAUCCGGAUCUGGACGAGGAGGAGGCGGCCCCGGUCGACCCCAACAUCAACGCCAGCGCAGGAAGGGAGAGGAUGGAAAACGACAUCAAGACGGGAGGCGUCCAGCGCCGUGGUGAUCGCGACGACCCUAGUGCGGCUGUCUUUGGAGAAGCCUGGGA